GUCAAGUGGGGUCGCGGAGUGGGAAUGAGUGAGGCUCGCACUCAGGAUUUCCUCGCGAAGCAGGUAAACGAGGACAAUAACAGCGCCGUGCGAGUUCCGGUUAUUUAUCUUGCGUUCCGGCUCAACAAUGUGGGCUACAUUGCGAUGCAGCACGUCGGGGAUCGAGAUUGCACUAGGGACGACUUUCCUAAAAUUGCCCUAGCCGUCAAACAUCUUCAACAAAUCCCUAGUCCCACAUCGGCACCGGGGCCAGUCAACAGAGGACCUAUCAUGCACUCUCUGUUCUCGGAUUGCAUAUCCUCCGUGCCAUACAGCUCGGUCGACCUCCUUGAGGAGCAUAUCAAUGCUCUUCUCGCCUCCAGAAGAUGGCCAUGGAGGGUGAAUUUUGCGGAGAAGGCCGGCAUACCGCUUUCGCUCUGCAUCGACGACCUUCAUUGGGGAAACUUUCGCAUCGACUCGAGCGGUCUGAUCUACUCCAUCGACCAUGCGAGGACCAACUUUCUUCCCCUCGCCUUUCGCCAUCUCUCUCUUGCGGAGGGC